CCGCACUCGACUCUCGUCAGCACCAAGCCUGCGCCAGCUAUGCGGACCAAGUCCAAGCUUUGUCUCUCGCUGCGAGCCAACCCGGCCCUUUCGGCCAAUACUCCGAAGCUCGUUUGUAACCCCAUUUUCUCUCUUUGUUUCGCUCCGCUCAUGAGUUUCUUUUGCUCUUCCGACGUACAUGACGCGAUCCCAAGCCACCGAAAGGUGCACCUGCCAUGAACGCCGAUAUCGGCCUUCCCGCGAAGCUCUGCGCCACACGCAAACGAAUCAGCGUUUGCCGAUUGGCCGAAGCUGUGGCUGUGCAUCGCAAACCUGCGCUGGAGCUUCCACCACAAACCAGGCACAAGCAACCCACAAGCAAGGCGCUGAUGUCGUCCUCGUUCUCGCUGUCUUGCGUUAUCACAUUGUCGCAAUGACGGGUUGUCGUUCCUAGAGGCACGACCUCUGUGGAGGAACACCGGCCCAGACGCGCACUCCUGUCCGCGCCGUGUAUCGGUUGAAUAAUCACCUGGCAAACGAUGAGGGUCCAGGCGCGGAGCACGCCAUUGCGCCAUCGACAAGGCCGACUGACAAUGAAAAACAUCUACGCCGCCAUUGGACCAUAGCACUUUUUUCUCCAGAAGAAAUCAAUUAUUCCGUACCUCUGCUCUCGAGGGCUUCGAUUCUUUUCUCUUUUCUCUCCUUCUCUGUCUCGCGGCUUCUCUUUUUUCCUUUCUGGUUUUGCUUGCCUUUUCUCGUCCCCAAAUCUCUGGAGGGGGAAGAACCGAAGGGGAAAAGGAAGUAUACCAAGAGAGAGAAAGAAAAGUAUUAGUUAUGGCCACAAUCUCUGCCGCUGGCGAUGCCGUCGCCCGCAUCGCCUAUCUCGCAAGCGAUGUUGUAGUGUCCGUCCAGCAGUCACUGGCUUCGGACUCGGAAUUCUCACCCUCCUUGAAGGCAUUGGCUGCCAACAAGACCCCUGGCUUGGUUGCAAAGGGAUUGCCUGAGGUCCUCUCGGUGCGAGCUAACACCGACCCUCUCCUCUCGGCUUUGGACUCUUUGCGGGCUGGUAAAGUCACCUCUGUCACGGCAUCUUCGUCAGUCCUCCUCCAGUCCAUACCCCAUCUCUAUAAACUGGCUCAGUACCCAGUUGUCCUGCACGUGGCUUUGCACCCGGCCGGCUUCCCCGACUAUUUCGACGUUGCCUCCGUUCGACAGACAGGAUUUACAUUCCUUCAUUCCGAAUCGUUGCAGGAGGUCCAGGAUCUUGCUGUGACUGCUCAUGCACUGGCCGUUAAGUCGGGUAAGGGUGUCUUGCACUUCUUCGACGCCGCUGCUGUCGAGCGGAACGAAGCGAUCCCCGUAGAGAGCAGGGAGCUUGUGCGAGCGCUGCUGGAUGCCGAUUCUGUGCGCCGCUUCCAAGAAGCGCCAUCGGGUCCAUCAACCAUCUAUGCCGACGACGGUAAGAAAGCGUCAUUGAAGGUCGUUUCCAGUGCAUCAAGAUCCACAAGUGGUCCGUCAAACGGCACCUCAAAUGGUCUCAAUGGUGCUGGCGAGGGUGCUUUAACGCAGGAUGCCACGUCAAAGGAUUCUUCAGUCGAAUCAUCGAGGAGGGGAAGCAGCACGGAGAGCGCACUUGCUUCGUCGGUCACUUCAGUCGAGUCUCUCGUCAGCAAACCUGUCACCACGGACGACAUUGUUAGCUUCCUGUCACAUAUAUGGCUCACUCUUGCCGAGGCCACUGGACGUAACUACCAGCCCUUUGAGUACACUGGCGACGCCAAGGCCAAAUCUGCAAUCUUCGUGUUCGGCAGCUCGAGCGGCUUGAUCGCGCAAACAAUUGCCAGUGCAGGGCCUUCUGACCUGUACGCAGGAGCUGCUGUGCUGCGGGCCAGAGUGUAUAGACCAUGGUUGGGCGCCUCACUCGCCUCCAUGCUGCCAGCCUCGAUUAAGAAGAUCGCCGUGCUGGAGCAGAUCAAAAGGCGUACCACUAAAUGGGGUCCUAUACUGCUUGACGUGCUUAUGUCUCUCAAGGACUCGGGUCGGAGCGUUAUUGGCUUCCAGCUCGGAUAUGUGGAUGCAUCCACGGUCAGGCAGGCGCUCCGUGAUGUUUAUCAGAACCUUGAGAGUGGCUCACCCGCACAGAAUAUCCACAUUGGCUCGACUGAAGGACCAGAGGAGAGGGUCGAACUGAAGCAGCCAGCCAUUGAAAAUGCGUAUAUGAAGGUUUUGAGGCAGCUUUUUGGCGAGAAGCUGUUCAUUGCCAACGACGCAUCCGCAAACUCAGCUAGCGGACUUCCAACCCAGACCAGAACCACGCCUGAGUUCGGCCUCGGUGCUCUCUUCGCACGACAGGAGCGCCGCGCAGGAUUUGUUAAAGAAGUCCAGCAGGCGACUAAAAAUUCGAGUUUUGAGACCAGUGCUUCCAAGGACUUGCUAUCGCGAUGGCUACUCGUUGCUGAGCAGGGUCGCAAGGCGAAUGAACUCGCUCCAGAAGUCAUCGCAAGGCUGACAGCGGACGGAUCGCCAGCGGCAAACUCCGUUCUCGAGCAUAAAGAAUUCUUGUACAAGGAGUCACAGUGGCUAAUUGGCUCAGAUGCAUGGGCCUAUGAUUUGGGCAACUCGGCGGUUCAUCAUGCACUUGCGUCGGGCGCCAAUGUUAACAUGCUCGUCAUUGACUCGCAACCGUACUCCGACCGUGCUUCAGCCGACGCGACGCGAAGGAAGAAGGACAUUGGACUGUAUGCCAUGAACUUUGGCAAUGCGUACGUCGCUUCUGUCGCCGUGUACAGUUCGUACACGCAGGUUUUGGCUGCCCUGCUUGAGGCGGAGCAAUUCGAAGGCCCAUCUGUUGUUCUGGCGUAUUUGCCGUACUUCAGCGAAAACGACAGCCCGCUGACUGUGCUGCAAGAGACUAAGAAGGCCGUCGAUGCCGGAUAUUGGCCACUGUACAGAUGGGACCCCUCGGCGGAGGAGCGUGGCGAUGAGAAGUUCAAACUAGAGUCAGAGCGUGUUAAGAAGGAGCUCGAAGAGUUCCUACGUCGCGACAACUACCUCACCCAGCUGACAAAGCGAUACCCAGAGUUUGCCAGCAACUUGUCGGGCUCGUACGGCACCGAAGUUCGACAGCUGCAGAAGCGAAGGGCAAAGGAUGCGUACGAUCAGCUGCUCGAAGGUCUGCAAGGUGCACCGGUUACGAUUCUUUUCGCAUCUGACAAUGGAAAUGCUGAGAAUGUCGCGAAGAGGUUGGGCAACAGGUCCAAGGCUAGAGGCUUGAAACCCCUCGUAAUGGCUAUGGAUGACUAUCCUCUGGAGGAUCUUGGAACAGAGGAAAACAUCGUCUUGAUUACCUCGACAGCAGGCCAAGGCGAAUUCCCACAGAAUGGGCGAGCCUUCUGGGAAGGCGUCAAGAACUCUACGGACAUCGACCUCGCAACCGUACAUUUCGCUGUUUUUGGCCUCGGCGACAGCCACUACUGGCCCAGGAAGGAGGACAAGAUCUACUACAACAAGCCUGCCAAAGACUUGCAUGCCCGGCUACUGGCCCUCGGAGGCCAGCCACUCACGGACAUUGGGCUUGGAGACGACCAAGACCCGGAUACCUAUCAGACUGGCUACUCCGAGUGGGAACCAAAGCUGUGGGAAGCACUAGGGGUUGCGAACGUUGAGGGAUUGCCCGAGGAACCUCCACCACUGACUAAUGAAGACAUCAAGCUUGCUUCGAACUACCUACGCGGUACCAUCGCCGAGGGCUUGCGUGACACGUCGACGGGCGCCAUAUCAGCGGCCGACCAGCAGCUUACCAAGUUUCACGGCACAUACAUGCAGGACGAUCGUGAUCUGCGCGACGAACGUAAGGCUCAGGGUCUUGAGCCUGCUUACAGUUUCAUGAUCCGUUGCCGUCUGCCUGGUGGUGUCGCAACGCCGCAGCAAUGGGUGCAGAUGGAUGACAUUAGCACACAACUUGGCAACCAAACGAUGAAGCUCACCACGCGUCAGACUUUCCAAUUCCACGGCGUAGUUAAGGGCAAGCUCCGUCCUGCUAUGCAAGCGAUCAAUCGGGCUCUGAUGACGACUAUUGCUGCAUGCGGCGACGUGAACCGCAAUGUUAUGUGCAGCAGCUUGCCAACCAUGUCCAAAUACCAUGCGGAGGUACACCAGGUUGCCAAGAGAAUAUCAGAUCAUCUCCUCCCUUCGACAACGGCGUAUCAUGAGAUCUGGCUAGCGGACGAGAAUGACAAGAAGACACAGAUUGCUGGUGACGCUGUCGUGGACCACGAGCCACUCUAUGGACCAACCUAUCUGCCGCGAAAGUUCAAGAUCACAAUCGCCAUUCCUCCACACAAUGAUACUGACGUGUAUGCUCAUGACAUUGGGCUUAUCGCAAUCAAGAAGCCGAAUGGCCAUCUUGAGGGCUUCAACAUUCUUGCCGGCGGUGGCAUGGGUGCUACCCACAACAUGAAGAAGACAUUCCCUCAGAUCGGUCGCAUGUUCGGAUACGUCCCUGCGGAGGAGGCGCAUAUUGUUUGCGAAAAGAUCAUGUUGGUCCAGCGUGAUCAUGGUGACCGCAAGAACCGCAAGCACGCCAGGCUAAAGUAUACCAUUGACGAUAUGGGUCUCGACGUGUUCAAGGCCAAAGUGGAGGAGCUACUCGGCUGGAAGUUCAUGGAGCCACGUCCUUUCAAGUUCGAGAGCAACAUCGACACGUUUGGCUGGCAGAAGGACGAGAACGGCAUGAACCACUUCACCAUGUUCAUCGAGAACGGGCGUGUUGAGGACACUGCCGAUUUCCAGAUGAAGACUGGGCUGCGCGAGAUUGCCAAGGCGCACAAGGGUGAAUUCAGACUCACAGGCAACCAGCACCUGAUUCUGUCGAACGUGUCGGACGCAGAGCUGCCUAAGAUGAAGGCGCUGCUCGCUAAGUACAAGCUCGACAACACCAACUUUUCAGGCCUGCGUCUCUCUUCAUCGGCUUGCGUCGCGUUCCCAACAUGUGGCCUCGCAAUGGCGGAGUCGGAGCGCUAUCUCCCAGAAUUGAUCACCAAGCUCGAGUCAACGCUGGAAGAGGCUGGCUUGCGCCAAGACAGCAUCGUCAUGCGAAUGACAGGUUGCCCGAACGGCUGUGCACGUCCUUGGCUCGCUGAAGUUGCCUUCGUCGGAAAGGCGUACGGUGCAUACAACAUGUACCUCGGUGGCGGCUAUCACGGCCAGCGUCUCAACAAGUUGUAUAGGAGCAGCAUCAAGGAAGACGAAAUCUUGGAGAUCAUGAGGCCCAUGAUCAAGCGCUACGCGAAGGAGAGGCACGAGGGUGAGCACUUCGGCGACUGGACUAUUCGCGCUGGCAUCAUCGUCGCGACGAAGUGGGGAACGGACUUCCAUGACAAUACGGCAGAAGUGGAGUCAGACGAGGAAUAGGCAAUGGACUUUUUUGGGGGGCGCUUGCCAGUCGUGCGGGCCCCCCAGAUCUUCUAGGACUGCGUGUGAGAAUAUUGCAUAUGCAUGUGCGGCGUUCACGUCUUUUGGCAGGCGCUUUAGUCGGCAAAUUUGGGUUGUUGUUAACGACAUCUUCGCAUCUAGAAUCAAAAAGUUUGUUGUUAUUGCAA